AUGCAACCGCAACUAAUUCGUACCGUACCCCCUCCCCGUCCUAUCAGGCAAAAAGCAAGGCUCGCGCAGUUGGAUGAGGACAUCAAGAGAAACGAGGACUUGGUGGCCUGGUACAAACUUGCUGACGAAAUGAACGAUAUCAAGGGCUGGGCUGACGCGAAGAGUGCAGACUUGAGGGAGGCUCUGGAUGGAAAGCAAGCUCCCCGAACACCACAUGAACAGAAUACGCAGCGGCAGAAACACGAACGCAUAUGCAAUGAUAUCGAGCGGAAGGAACCCAGAGUGAAGGAACUACUUGACCCCAAAAUCUGUCCAAUGCCUGCCUGUCUCCAAAAGGCCGGCAUACCCGGCUCUGAUCCUCGUCCCGAAUUGGCCGAGAGUGUUGGAGAGCUGAAAAGACUGGCCUCGGAACGAUCAAAACAACUCCUGGCCUCCGUUGAUACCACGGAUCUCCUCUCCCGGCUGGCAGAUGUCGCCGAGCAGAUUAACUCUACUACCGUGGCGGUGGACGCACUGGUCGAGGGCCAGUCCGCCUUUCCGCUGGCUUCUUCCGCAAAGAAACUGAAGGGAAUCGAGGAGACGGUCCAGAAGAUGGAGCCUGUGAUCAAUGAUCUUAGUCAGCAAGUGGACCAAAAGCUGGCUACCAUGCAGCAUGACCGAUCUACGCUGAGUAAGCCGUUGAAAAAGGGUCGAAAACAUGUUAUCGACGCUCUGCAGGAUCUCAAAGAUCGCAUCAGUGCAGCAAAGUUCGUCCCACUUUUUGAAUUCUAUUAUCAUACAAUUCAUCGAAUGCACAACCUGAAGACGAGGUCCCUCGUUCUCCAAAACUGGGUCGCUGAUUUCAUGCAGCUUUCGGAGGACCAACAGGAAGAUAUUACAAAAGCUCUUGCCUUUGCCAGUUCUGCUAACGUCGGCAACAGUUCAGACCCCAACCGCUGGCAGGUCUUCGUUGAGGACCUGCCCAAUCUCCUCAGUCGCAUUGACGAGUGCAUUGGUGAGGGCACCGACCUGAGGAACGAUCUGGUCCAGCCCUACGGAACAAAUGCCGGCAACGUAGCUGUAAUGCCAGUACGACGAAAGAAGGACUUGAGCCAGCCCGAAAACCCCUUUUAUCUUAGUCCGCAGGAGUUUGCGACCCCGCUUCAAAUGGAGUACCCGCUUUGCAGCGAGCAGAGUGCCCAAACAGCGGCUGAUCAGGUCAAAGAACAGAUCGACAGUCUGACCCGCGAUCGACAGCUGCUGCAGAAGGAGGUCCAGGCCGGCGAGGACCGCAAAGAAAAUGCAAAGCUUUUCUCAAGUUUCAAUGAGGACUGGGUUGACAUCAUGGAGCGUAUACAGGAAAAGGACGCCCACUUGACUGCACUUGCUGCCAUACCUCCGAAGAGUCAGUCACUGUUGAAGGGACAGGUCAGCAAACACGAAGUUCUCGAGGCAGAAGUUGUCCACAUAAAGCAGCGGGCCAGUGAGGUGGAGCAGGCUGGGAGCGAUCUGUUGACGCAACUGCGCGCUCCUGGUGAAGGGCAGAGUGGACAAGCGCAGGAGGCACAGAAAGUCCGUGACAAGCUCAGUGCAUUAGAAAAGGCCCUACAAGCACUUGAGGACAAAUUGGCACAGAGGAGAAAGUGCCUGAACGAGUGUGAUCGCUACCUACGUUUCUGCCAGCAAGUAAGUGACUUUAUCCUCUGGUGCAACGAUCUGGACCAUGAAGUGGCCUUGACUGAAGGGGCCGUGAAAGCCUCGUCCCACAUCAUCACUGGUGCGGUCAACCGACUAGUUUCUCCCGCCGCCCCAACCGCAGGCACUGGCUUGAGUAUUGAUCUUAACCAGGCUGAGCAGCAGUCCUCGACGUACGAGAGGCUAAACGAUGAAAUGCGGACGAAGUGGAGUCCUCUUUCAACAGCUUUGGUGCAGGAGGCGGAAGAUAUGAUCAACCUUAACCAUUAUGCGGCAGCCGACCUGAACGCUAAAGUGGAACAACUGCUGGUCGCACAAAAACGUGCGGAGGAAGGUCUCAAGAGCGCGAAUUUGCGUAUGCCCCAGCUGAUCGACUUGCUUCACUUGCGACGGGAAAUCGCGGCCCUCGUCAGCCAGUUGGCUGCUCAACCUGCUCGUUUGCAAGCUCUCGUCAAGGAAUGCAGCUCCUCCAGCAACCUGCAAGGCGGCCAGUGCGAUAAGCUGACGUCCAGCGCUGAAGAUUGUGCGGAUUUAAUGGCAAGCUUGGAUCGCUGCAGCCGUCAGUUGACGUGGGAAGAAGAAGCGAGGGAUAUCGAAGGUUGGCUCAAUGAACGAGAGGCUGAACUUGCGGAAUUAAGCAGGCCGAAGGCAGAAGUAACAAUGACGGGUGAUGUCAUCUUGGAACAGUUGAACACCUUGAAGCGCCAAGAAACUUUCCAGAAUUCUGUCUCAGCCAAUAGCUCGCAUGCCGAAGGCCUGAUAAAACGGGCUAAGGAGCUCAUUGCAGAGGAGAACAAAGUUACUAACAACCCAAACAGUGCCGUCAGUCAGCGACUGGCUGAGCGGCUAGAGAGGAUCAACCAACGCUGGAAGGCCCUGCUAGCAUCGUGUGCGGCGAUUGCGGCGACUUUGAACCAGUCACGUGACCUACUGGACUACCAACGUGAGGCGGAGGCACUGGAGAGAUGGUUACGCGAUAAGGACAUUCUCCUCGCCAAGAGUGAUCUGGGAUCCGACUACGAUCAUUGUAUCUCUCUAAAGGACAAAGCCAAGGAGGCCGCUGCGGGAAAAACUCUUUGGAGUUUGGCUCCGAGUUGUUUGGAAUUAAUGCAAAGUUCUGUUUGCAUCCUUCUCGUUUAUCAACAGGUGAACAAGCAGACGAUGCAAGCCUUUGACGACCUCUCGAGAAAGGUGUCCAAGGCCUUGCGAACUGCGACGGGUGGAGCGUCUUCGGGUGGAGCCGCCUCGGUGGCCGCAUUGAAUCAGCGCACAGCGGACUAUAUAGACAGAUGGACAGCUGACAUCCAAGACCGGUGGAGAAGAAUAGCUGAGCAGUUGGCCGCUUACGUGGCCCUCCUGGAUCUUGCGUCGGGCAUUCACGAACUGCUUUCUCGCUACAAUGUUCUUUUGAGUGAGACUCAGGACCGCAAAACAAGGGCCGCCGCCCUCGACGACCUGGCCAAGGCCCAGUCGGCUGCAGAACUCCAGGCGAUAUUGCGUGUAUGUGCACGGGGCGAGCGAGACAUCGCCGCGAUUGACGAUCACGCGCACGGGUUGGCAGCUGAAGCAAAGAAAACGGUGGAUCGUGUCACCGCCAGUAGCAAGGACGGACGGCUUCAGCCAUUUGUUGAUAACCUGAAAAGAAAACCUGUACGUUAA